GGGGCGGGCGCAGGCCGGUUCAAACGCGGCCAGGCGGGCUCUGAGCGCGGGCGGGCCUGUUUGUCUCCCCCCCAGAGUUCCUACCAUGUGCGUACUUUAUGUGAUUAGAAGUCCGAAGGUUGAGUGAUAGUGAGCACUGCUGGGCAAAAUGUCUUUUCUGAGUACUGGACAAAUGAAGAGAAAAUGGGAAGAAAGAUUGAAGAAUGUUGAUGAACUAGCAUCUCGAUAUAAAAGAAAGCCACUUUGCCCUGUUUACAGGCCACAGCUGUCCAAACCAUGGCAACCAUGCUCUGUUUGGAAUCUGUUUCAUCGACAAGCUCAAGCUUUUAACUAUGCAAAAACCUGUAAGGAGGAUGUUCAUGUAUUUGCUUUGGAAAUGAACACAGAAGAUGGACAAAGGUAUUAUCUUGUGACAACAUAUACAGAGCUUUGGUUUUAUUACAACAAAGAACAAAAAACAAGUCUCAUGCAUUGCUAUGAAGUUAUUCCUGAAAAAGCUGUUUGCAAACUGUAUUUUGAUUUGGAGUUCUAUAAAUCAGUGAAUCCUGGAGCUGAUGGCAAGAAGAUGAUUGCAAAGUUAAUUGAGCUUUUUAGUAAAAAGCUGGAAGAACUUUAUGGAGUUAAAUGUUCAGUUGAAGAUGUCUUGAACUUAGAUUCCAGCACUGAUGAAAAAUUUAGUCAUCACUUAAUAUUUCUGCUUCACAAGACAGCAUUUAAGGAUAAUAUUAAUGUUGGUAAUUUUGUGAAAACAGUUUUGCAACCUGCUCUUGUUUUAACUGAAAAUAAAGCUGAUGCUUUGAUUCUAGAAGAAGGGGCGGACAGUGUUGUUUCCCAGUCUUCCAAAGCAACAGUUGAAAUAGAUGGUACUGUUGUAAACCUUGGUGCAGUGAAGGAGCCUCCUGGGAAAUGGCAAUCUAAUAUGCACAAAAUGCUGGAAAAUAGAACACUGCAACAGAACGAAAAUCCUGAUCUUUCCUUUCUACUUGUGAAUGAUAAGGAGGGAGGCAAGCAACUUGUCGUCGAUCUGGGAGUUUAUACAAAGAAUAGAAAUUUCCGGCUGUAUAAAUCAUCAAAAGCAGGAAAGCAUACGACUUUGAAAAUAGCUGAAGAUAACAAGUUUGUUCCUAAACCCAAAAAGAAUAUUUCUGUUGAGGAGCAAUAUUUCCUUUCCUCUUUGGUUUGCAAUGUUAGGUUCUCAGAAAUUGAAAGAGCCCUAACUUGUGACAUCCCAGAAGGGAAGAAAAAAAUGUUUAAACAAACAGACAGGAGAGUUUCCAAUAGCACUUCAGAUCCCAUAGAAGGAUAUCAAUAUUCACCUUAUCCAGAAAUUGAUUGCUUUGUCCUUUCUUUAGUUAAUAAAGAUGAUGCUCAUGGAGGGAUACGACGAUGGAAUUAUUUUUCCUUGGAAGAACUCCUCGUUUAUGACAUAUCCAGAUAUCGCUGGUGUAAAAAUAUUGGAAGAGCCCACAAAAGUAACAACAUAAUGAUUCUGGUAGAUCUAAAAAAAGAAGUUUACUAUCAAAAAUGUUAUGACCCCAUCUGCAGGGCUAAAAACUUCAAAUCAGAAAGUAUUCCAUUACCCCCUGAGAUAUGCCUCCCUUUUCUUUUCAAAGAGGAAGAAUAUGUACUUUUUAUGGAUGAGAGUGGGAACAUAGAAGAAAAAGAAAAAGCAAAGUCACCUAACCUUACAGACUUCUCAGAAAGCACAUCAUCAAGGACACAUCAAGAAAAUAAGUCUCCUGCCAAGCUCUGUUCAAAUACAGAAUGGGAUAAUGUGACUGACGAUGUGUAUUUUCUGGAAGCUACUGAAGAUGCUGAACUUGCAGACAACAGUCUGACCAUGUGGAACUGUGACCUGGAAGAAAUACCUGAUGAGCUUCUCAUAGAGGUUUUAAGAAAACAGGAAGUUUGUGGUAACAAGGCAUACAACUAGCUAUCAACUAAGGUCAGCUGUUUAGAUACAUUAAGAUAUAGUUGAGUUAGCACAUUUUAUAAAGCCAAAGUUUCAGAAGUCCUGUUUACACUGCCAAAAGAAACCAAUAGAACCAUGCCAGCAUCCUCUCUUUAUAUGAAAGUGCAUAGUAAACUUGCCAUUAGCUGUGUUUUUGUACAUUGGGUUUAUAUGUUAAUGACAUUUAUGUGGUUUAAUAGGAUACACCCUUUAAUUUCUGGUUUAAAUUAGUCAAUAGUGGUUCUGCCACCUGCAGCGGUGCAUAUGGCACAGAAGCCACCCUCUCUCUUUAGAGAGGCCAAGGACGGAAUAGCUGCAGAAACUGAACUAUCCUCUCACCCCUAGAAGUAGCUGCUCCUGGACAGGAAAGAAGCACCGUGGAAGACCCAGGUAGAUCAGCUUACCCUAGUGGUACCUGUGUUGUGCAUGUUCUAAAGCUAGACACAGGCGAUCAAUCUGGUACUUCUCAGGAGCACUAAAUUCAAAAUGUAAAAAAAAUGCUAAAUGGACAGUGUCACACUCAAACUUUAUGGACAAUGAUUCAGGUAAAAUUCACUUACCAGGGGAUGGAAUGUGGUUAAAACAUGUUUCUUCCCAGAUGUCCAAAUGUUGAGGAUGUUGCCUACAGUCUGUACUGUACUUUGUUACUUUACAAAGGGCAAGUAGGAUUUCUUACCUAUAUGUGGGCCUGCCAAAAGGUAAAUCCAUACUUUAGAUAAAAACUUGAGGAUUUGUCUACCUUUCAUUAUGCUCACCACCUUCUGUAUGACUUGUUAUAACUAAGCUGUUUUUAAAAAUUCACAUACUAGUUUUAGAAAUGUUUCAUCCAUUAUGCAUAUAAUGGUGGAACAAUUUAGUAAGUUGCCUGUUACAAGCCUGAGACGUGUCUAAUUAUCUUAAUGCUACUUUAGGAUGAGCAAUAACAGGUUUUUCACUAAAUAUCAGUUGUAAUUUCCACUAAAGAAAAUGUCUACUCGUGUCACAUUAGUAUUUCCAAAUGAUUACUCUGGUAAUCCAAUAAUAAAAUCCUAUUAAUUUUAAAGCACUAGAUUUAUCACUGAUUCAUUGAGAUCAUUAAUGGUUUAUCAUACUACCUCUACUCCAGGCUGCCCCGCACAAACUUAGUGUACAUCAAAGUGAAAAACCACACGUUCCCUUCACAAUUGUUAGUAAAUCUUUAGAAACAUAUCAACUUUUCUGACAAGAGGCUCACACUAAUUAUUAUAGAGGUGAAAGAUUUGAAGUCAGAAGCAAUUUAAACACAUUGCUUUAUUUUAUUAAAUGCUUAUGGGAGUAUUUAAAUAAUUGCUGCUUCUGUUAUAUCAAAAGUUAGAGUGCAAACACAAACUACUAAAAUCUACAUGAGUAGGAAUGUCACAACCAUGUAUAUUUAGCUUGCUUCUUGUUUAGGUAUAUGAAUACACUUAACUGAUGCUAACUAUGCUUAGUUGCAAGUAGAAGGCAUAAAGUAUUUAAAAUUUCUCUAGCAGCUCCUUCUGCAAAUUCAGAACCUCUUGUAAUCUUGUGCUGAUAUUUUGAAAGUGACUUUCAGCUCUUAAUAUUCGUUGCGAUUCCACCAGAAGAGCAGGAAUACUGGAAGUUCCGUACUGUUGGAGGGAAAAAAAUUACAAGGCAUUACUUUUAACCCUUUGAAAACAAACUGUCCAAUUAUCCCAAAUACUCCAUUUGUCUCUCAUACUUGACAUAUUUGAAAGAGUGGAUUAUAAUUUGAUGUCACUCUCUUCAAAUGUUCUAUUCUGCACGUUUAAGUCAAGUUAAAGUUUGGCUAUACUAAGCAUAAGCAGAUAAUAUGUCCGAAAGUGGAUGACUUCCUUAGACUGCGAGGUCAGCAGUGCCCUAGAAGAGAGGAGACUGUAUUCCAGGCCCUGAGCACAAUUCCUGUACAGGUCUCCUACACUACUUAAACUAUAUAUUUGAGAAGCUCACUGUCAGUGCUAUGCUGCUGAACAGACGUUUGAGCAUUAAAGAGGGUUACAAAAUUCACUGUGAGGUUGAAAAGUUAGCAAACGCUACCAUCUUGUAUGUAGGGAAGCUCCUGGACACCAGGGUUUGACCUAUAUCUAUAUUAAAUAACAAAAUUAAUUUACUUUUUGUUUCUCACUGAACACUUUAAAAAUAGUACACUACAUGUGAGUCCUGGAUACAACAACACUGAAGUUUUUGCUGUACAAGGUCUUGACAGACACCAACAUGAGGAUACUGCUGUCUGCCCUGAAUCACCAUUUAGUUUCUUCUCCUAAAGAGAAAACUUGAAUUAGCCAGUGCAACAUCAUAGAAUCAAAAUGUACUUACGACUACUUUUUCUUGUGGGUUGUCUUCUCUGUAAUUUAAAUACUGUUGCUGCACCUCCUUUAAAUCAGUUAGGAACUGGGUUGCAUUCCUGACAGAAGAUUCUCUCUCUUGUAGCUCAGCAUGUUCUUUUUGCAGUUGCUUCAGUUGUGGUCCAGUCCUUAAAAAAAAAAAAAAACAAACAAACAAAAAAAAACAAUACUUAAGGAUUGUGUUGUGAAUUUUCUUCUUUCAGGAGUUACUUUGAAUGUAUUGUUUCUAUUGAACAUGACUUAAUGGGGUCAUAAAAGUGUAAAGUACAGACAGUGCAACAGCCUGGUAUUUUUCUCAAUUAGGGUAACUAAUUGGAUAGGAAUAUGGCCCUUUUAAACAGUAUGCACACUUUAGUUUUUAUCUAAUAAGGACACAGAUCUUUAAUCUUGUCAAUAAUUCUUCUGACAGGAAUCCAAUGAUCACAUUUGUGAUAAAGGGGAUUCUAGGAGAUGGCUUUUGCCAAGGAGUACAAUUUAAAAUAGACCCAUGCAUAACAUUUAAGGUUAAAUACAGCCAACAGUAUUCCCCCUCUAUUUUGAGAGAUAUCCUAUAGUAAUGGAAUAUGGCAGUAGGCAUUCUGUGACUCCACCAUACCAGAUGCUGCAUGUACUAUCUUGGGAAAUAUCCCACCCCUGUAGGGGCAGUUAAAAUCAGAAUGUAUUGCACAUGUUCAAGGCUGAGUUCUAUUAAGGGAAUCAGGAAGUUUACCCAGCAAGAUUGAAGUCUGAUAUAUUGGGGGUGGGAACAACGCCCUACACACUGUUCCACACUCAGAGUAUUUGUUAGGUUAAGACUACUUAAAAUUAUCUGAUCAUGUUCUCACCUCCAAUCAUGCAGCUGGUGUAUUUCUUACAGAAUGUGUAGCCCAACUGGCAGACAUUAUCCCAAGAAUUUAGAGUAGCUGGAGACAGCUUGUGAAAAUGACUCCCUGUUUCUAUCAGGCAGUUCCACUCCUAUGGAGAUGGAGUGGUUAAUUUUAGCUUUCGCAAAAAGGAAGGAAUACACAUGUUCAGCUGAUGCAGGCUGUAAAUGUUUCAUCUGCUAUUUACACAAAAACAGUCAGUUAACGACAAAAGCAAGGGUUACCUUAGAUUUUUCUGGACAGUAACAGGACUCCUCCAUGUCCACUGAUAAGCUAUUAUUGUUUGCUUUCAAUCAAUAUAAUCACUACACAUUUCAGCAAAUGGAAACUUACCGAAUUAGUUCUCCUCUAACUUCCAGCAAACGCCUUCUUUUUUUAUUGAUGUCUGUGAUCACCUAUUAUAUAAUUAAGUGAAAUAGCAGUCUUUCAAGACUAAGACAGUUAAAUGACAAGGUAGAUUUCUUCCCUACCCCCAACUCUGCAUUCUGAAUUGACAAUACUCUGGGGGUUCUAGACAUGGAAAAUCUUAAGAUACCAGCUCUUCCAUAGAUUACAUUGUCAUGAAUUGUAAGUGCUAUUUUAGGUAUUUUUUCAAAAGGGUCUCUAAAAUUUGUUAGCAUUUUCCUUCUCCCUCCAUAACUUGUACUAUUGAACUCACUGUAGUAAGUUGUUCAUCCAGGCAGAUAAAUUUCAAGCAUUU